AUGGCAGCCCGAAGAAUUGCUCUUGUGACAGGUGGCAACAACGGUAUCGGCUACGAGACAGUCAAGGCGCUCCUUGAAUCCAACCAGCCAUAUCACGUCCUCAUGGGCAGUCGCUCCCUGGAGAAGGCUGAGCAUGCGAUCGAGAAACUGCACAAAGAAUGUCGCGACUUACCCAACACGGUCGAAGCGCUCCAAGUCGAUCUUGAUAGUGACGCGUCGAUCGAAAGAGCGUUCGAUCAGGUCAAGACUAAACUGGGACAUAUCGAUGCUCUCAUAAAUAACGCUGGAGCAACAUUUGACCUUGCAUUUCUGGCCGGAGAGGUUUCACUCCGCGACUGCUUCAUGAAAGCCUAUAAUGUCAACGUUGCCGGUACAAAUGUUCUAACCUGGACAUUUAUGCCACUCUUGCUCAAAUCCCCCGACCCUCGAUUGAUCUUUGUGACAGGUCUCUCCAACGUCACAAAAGCGAGCAGGUCUUAUUUUCCUACGCCGCCUCAACCUGCUGGGUGGCCGAAGAAGAUCGACUUUGAGACAAUCGGGUAUCGAUGCAGUAAGACAGCGUUGAACAUGUUGAUGGUGGAUUGGAAUCACAAGUUGAAGGCAGACGGAGUCAAGGUUUGGUCUGUUGGGCCUGGAUUCUUGGAGACGGACUUAGGGAAUGCACGGCACCUGGCGAAGGAGAUGGGAGCGAAGCACCCGAGUAUCGGCGGACAGUUCAUCAGAAGUGUUGUGGAGGGAGCAAGAGAUGACGACGUAGGGAAAAUCGUGGUGAAGGAUGGGAUUUCGGAAUUCUGA